ACUAAUAUACCAGACAGUGUCACUGAUAGAGGUGGUCAUUUUGUCUCAGUUUGGAAUGAGACACAGACCACUCACUGGAUUGUUGAGUUUGGAGGAAAGAGAAAUGAUAGUUCAAGAAUCAGUGAUACUAGAUUUAUUGAAAUCAUAUCUAGUACUGGUGAUUUGGUAGUACAGUCAGUACUGGACAUUAAUGAAUAUCAAAAGAGAAAAAUACAAGAUGCUGUAGGGAAGUGGAUGGAGGAAGGGAGUGUUGAUCUAACUGUUACUCGUGUUAAUAUGCUUGGUGCUCCUGGAGCUGGUAAAACCUGUUCACAGCUCCUCCUACUAAAUGAAGACCCACCCACUAAUGACACCAGUACACCCAUAGCCUGCCCUCCUGUUAGGGCUACCAGAGUUGCCGUUUGCGAUAAAACGAUUUGGAAUCGAGUUACUCGAGCCAAUUUACUCGACCAAUUAGCAGCGGAUUUAGAAUCAGUUUCACUGGAAAAUAUAACAAAAGAGCCUCCCCUGCCCAUAGUCUUCACUUUGCUAGAUAAUACUAAACCAGCAACAGAAAUACGACCAGAUCCAUCUCCUACUCCACAGAAGAAGCCUGAUCAAGCAGUUUCAUCAGAGACGAAAGUUAUCAAUGAAGACAAAGAGUAUCAUACCGAAGCAGUCGUCCAGGAAAUUUUAGCGAGUCAACCGAAAGGGAUUCGUAAAAGCGAUCAUUGGCUGUACAUUAUUGAUUCCGGUG